ACAGGUGGAUUCGUGUUUGAAGCCCAAAUUUCGGCUUGGUUAGUACGACGUUCUCCCAAUAAAGUUUCUCAGCUCUGCCUCCACGGCCGCACUGGCUUUCCUUCUCUUACUGGUGCCUGUUGCGCUCGGAGAACCACAUUUUCUAUGUAG